UUCAAUGAAAGGUUUUGGCUGAUGGGCAGAAGGUCUUGCUCGCUGCUUUAAAUAGCUUAAAACGAUCUCAGCUAUUUAUAACCGUAGUGGUUUUUCCCUCGUUCACAGGUGAGCUCUGUUCAAAUUUAAAGCGAAAACGACAACAAAACAAAAAAAACAGCAACAGAAAACAAGGCAGAAAUGCAUUUUCAUGUCUCUGUUGCGUUACUGCUGUGCCGCGUGUCGUGGGCUCUUCCUCGUCCAGUAGAUGCCAUCGUGCUGCAGAUCCAGCGGUGGGGAGUGGUUGGAGCGCAGCAAUCUGGUGAGCGGGUUCUUCUCAAUGGAGUCUUGCUCACCAGAUCAGAUGAGAUCGACAACAUUAUCAAAACUGUAUCAACUGCUGCUCUUAUACCAGCUAAUAUCAACCUCAACCAGAUUUCAGCUCUGAAGGAUCACACCAUCCUUCGCUCCCGAGAAUGCAUUCUGGAGGGAGCUCAGCUCCACUGGACAGAUCGUGUGUUUUAUGACGGUACGGUCUACUUGACUCUGGACCACAAUGACACAUGGACGGCUCAGGUAUCCCAUGCACUGGCCCUCAAAGUGCUUUGGGAUCUGGAAGUGCGGCGGACAAAGACUGAGAGGAUCAGCCUGCAGGAGGGAUGCCUUCAUCUGAUGAGGGAGCUGAACCUUGCCAAUCAACAGUCAGUUUUAGAAAUUCCUUUGCCUCGGCUUCUGAUUCCAAUCUUGGGUGUUGUGACAUUUUUUGGACUUAUUAUAGUAAGCUUACUUGUCUACAAAAAACAGGGUGGGAGACACCCUGGAGGUGUUAUUGGGUCAAUUAUACAUUAUCCCAAGGACAUGGUGGACAUGGCCACAGAGACAAAAACCUGUGGUUACCGGACCCUCUGAUUCAGAGUGCCUGCUGACAAAUACACACAUGCUUUAAAACUCAAUGUCCACUGAUACAACCAUUUACCCUAUGAGAUAUCCUUUUACAAGUCUUUCUUUAUGACCAAAAAUUACACCAUAAUGACCCAAAUGUCUUGUGUACUGAGUUUCUGGUCACGUUCUUCAUGCACUUUAACAUUUAUUCAUCUCACUUAACGUGGGGGCUUAUGCCUUUUUUCACGAGUGCAAAUGCUGCAAACUCGCAGUCUACGUCAGUGUAAAAGGCUCUUUUGUUAUUAAUACCAACUAUUAAAACCCUGCUACAUAUCUGAAUUUCUGGCUUGAGCUACUUGAGCUAAUACUGUAGUUUGUGGAAAUGCAGAGAAUUCCCUUUUUCAAGUGAUGUAUAGUUUAAUAUCGGUGCAAUGACAAUUCUGAAAGUCUGCCAACACUGAAUGAAAUUAAGCUUUUUAAAUCUAUAAUGUAUAUUGUGAUUGUCCCCCCCCCACAACAUCCCUUGUCAUUUUCCUUUCAUUUUUAAACCGUGUUAAAUAAACUAUGUUGUCAUGCUCUA